UCCUACUUACUGAAUGCUAGUAAAGCAGGUUCACACCGUGACAGUGCGGCGUUUCUAUGCGGGCUGACAGUAAAUGUUUGCGCUGCGUGGCGGGAAGUCAAGUUAAGUCAGGAUGAAUGCAGCAGAGCGCAAGAGUUGACAGCGAAUUAGAUUUUAACUAUGAAUGUGUAACAGCGCUGUUGUUGUUGCUGAAGUGGGCGUGAAUGCUUUUUAAAAUCUGUUUUAUUUUGUUUCGCUUCUCGAGUGAUUUUUAUUUUCGAGGUUAAACUAGACAAGUUCGAUAAAAAAUGAAGUUUAACGGUUAUCUGAAGCUCCGGAUCGGCGAGGCUCUUGACUUGAAACCGACCACUUUUUCCAUCCGCCACUCUGGCAUCUUCAACAAAUCCCCUCCAGGCCUGGACCCCUACAUAGUGGUGAAGGUGGACGACUACAAAAUUGGACAAACUCACACCAAGCAGAAAACCAACAUGCCGACGUACAACGAGGAGUUCUGCCUCAACGUGAACGACGGGAAACAGAUUGAGCUGGCGGUUUUCCACGACACUCCAAUCGGAUAUGAUGACUUUGUGGCCAACUGCAUCAUCCAGUUUGAGGAUCUCAUCAAAACCUCCAACACGGGGGAGACUUUCGAGGGAUGGAUGGACUUGGAGCCAGAGGGCAAGGUUUACAUUCAUAUUACACUCUCUGGAUCCUUCACUGAUGACGACGCCAUAGUGAAAGAGAAGACCUACAAGCAGUUCACACGGCAGCGUCAGGGGGCUGUGAGACGGAGGAUCCACCAGGUCAACGGACACAAGUUCAUGUCCACUUUCCUCCGUCAACCCACCUUCUGUUUUCACUGCAAAGAGUUCAUCUGGGGUGUUUUUGGAAAGCAGGGUUAUCAGUGCCAAGUGUGUACUUGUGUGGUUCACAAGCGUUGCCACCAGCAGGUCGUCACUGUGUGUCCACGCAUGAAGAAGCCAACAAAGGAAGAGCCCAUAAACCAAGGCUUCAGCAUCAACAUCCCUCACAAGUUCAACAUCCACAACUACAAGUCGCCCACCUUCUGUGACCACUGUGGCUCACUGCUGUGGGGAAUAGUCAGGCAGGGGCUGCACUGUAAAAUCUGCAAAAUGAACGUCCACAUCCGCUGCAAAGGCAACGUUGCCCCCAACUGUGGGGUCAACAGUGUGGAACUGGCCAAUACGCUCGCACAGAUGGGUCUGCAGGCUGAAGGACUGUCUAAACGCAACUCUGUGACCAAAGGUGCAGGUCAGAGGGAGCCCUCUGUACGGAGGGAGAGUAUGGUCAGUCAGCAGGAGACACCUCGGCUGGGAAUCUCAGACUUCACGUUCCUUCAAGUCCUUGGCAAGGGCAGCUUUGGCAAGGUGAUGCUGGCGAGACUAAACAACAAAGAUCGGGUUUUCGCGGUCAAGGUGUUGAAGAAGGAUAUCAUUUUGCAGGAUGAUGAUGUGGAGUGUACCAUGACAGAAAAGAGGGUGCUGUCACUGGCCCGCUGUCACCCCUACCUCACACAGUUGUUCUGCUGCUUCCAGACAUCGGACCGCCUCUUCUUUGUGAUGGAGUUUGUGAAUGGUGGCGAUCUUAUGUUCCACAUCCAGAAGUCCAGGAAGUUUGAAGAGCCUAGAGCGUGUUUCUACACGGCAGAGAUCACCUCCGCUCUCAUGUUCCUGCACAGCAAAGGCAUCAUCUACAGGGAUCUUAAAUUGGACAAUGUUCUUCUUGACAAAGAUGGUCACUGUAAGCUGGCAGACUUUGGCAUGUGCAAAGAGGGCAUUUUUGAAGGCGCAGCCACAGGAACUUUCUGUGGGACCCCGGAUUACAUUGCCCCCGAGAUCCUGCAGGAGAUGCUUUAUGGGCCCUCUGUUGAUUGGUGGGCUCUCGGGGUGCUACUGUAUGAGAUGCUGUCAGGACACGCCCCCUUUGAGGCCGAAAAUGAAGAUGACCUCUUUGAGUCCAUCCUCAAUGAAGAGAUUGUUUAUGCAUCUUGGCUCAGCAAAGAGGCAGUGAAUAUACUCAAAGCUUUCUUGACCAAAAACCCGGCCCGGCGUCUGGGCUGCGUGGCCUCAGAGGGAGGAGAAUACGCCGUGACCAGCCACGCCUUCUUCACUGGCAUCGAUUGGGAGAAGCUGAAUAAUAAAGAAAUGGAGCCACCCUUCAAGCCCAGGAUUAAAACUCCAGAGGAUGUCAACAACUUUGACCCAGAUUUUACCCAGGAAGAGCCCACCCUCACGCCCAUCGACGACCCUUUGAUCCCUUCCGUCAACCAGGAGGAGUUUCGUAACUUCUCCUUCACUUCACCUGAACUGGUAGAGAGCUAAGAGACUUCUCAUUUAUCCACGAGACAUCCUGCACUUGUCUCACUGUCUAUGGCUUCGUUUAAGACAGUUCCCAGUGGUACAUACAGUACGAGGUUGUCACAUUCCCCAGAGACAUGAGGGUGUAAAGUGCCGAGGAGUCAUCCAAACACGUGCUCGACGAGAACCACGGCUGCACCUGAUGAACUCUUAAGCACUCCUCUAAUUCCUGAAAAAGUGGCUUGUGAUCAGCUUUUGAAAUGACAUUUAAGGCUUGAGUGGGACCCUUUCAUGCAAGUCUCUGUGUGGAAAUGGUCUCUUUGACAUGUGUUUCAAACUUAUUUGACAAAGGUGUACAAUGUUAGAAUUUUAUUAUACAUUUGCUUUGGCUUCCAGUUACUUCAAAUGAAAAAGCACUUUUUGGACAUAAGGACAUGGUUUGUGUUUCAUUUUUGCUUCAGCACUGUUCAGAGAAAGGAAGAAAUCAAGAGACUGCCAGAGGUUCCCAGAAAAGUCAAGCUGCCAGAUAAUAUCCUGGAAGGACUGAGUGAGCGAAUAAAAUAGUUUCUCAAUGAUGUGACUAUGGAAAAAAACUAGACAUACAUACUUUUGGUAAAUCAGAGUUGAAUCCCUCCACUUUAAAAAUAAAAGGUUAAAACUUUAA